AAUUAUCAAGCGCGGAUGAAAUAGCUCGAUAUUCUUGUUGAAGUUCAGCAUAAUGGAGUUUGAAGGCAGUGUCUUAAUUAAACGUGAGGAUGCUGUGAGGUCGGUUAAAGCUGCAGACCAGUUGAUGACUCUCCACUGCCUGCAGUGCAACACAAUCCUGGCGGAUUCCUUACAUGUUUGUGGAGAAAUCAAAUGCCUGGACUCCGUCAUGUGCACAAGAGUGACGAAUGACGUCGUUGUUGGUGAUGGGAUAAUGUCAGGACAUAAAGGUGAAAUGGCUGACUGCAUCUACAGCCCUCUGACGUGCCGGUCCUGCCAGGUUCUGGUGGGGAAACGGAUCGACUCGUCUCCAUCCCACUUGGCUUCGGUUCGCCAGCUCUUCCUCCUCUGCAAGCCCAAGAUCAGCUGCUACGUCCUCAACAGCUGCUCCAUGGUGAGCGCUUCAACCCUGAGCUUCGAGGUGAAGCCCGUCACAGAAACCACGGCUGAGGUGAGGCGGCAGUUUGAGCUGCAGCUGGACCGGAUGCUGCGCUUGAAGAGCCGAUUGGCCCAGAGGGGAGUCAUCACGAAGAAGAGGAAGUAGGGGAGCCGUGCACUUCUUGUGUCUCCGUGUUUCCCUGCAAAGGUCGGCUCACAACCGUCACCACGGACAGUGUUGGACGUUUUAACCUCCCGUGUUUAUUUAUGCUGGCGUUGUUCUGCCACAGCGGCGUUGCAGGUUCACAACAUGGAAAAGUGGUGACUUAUUCCAAAUCUGCAGUUUUUAUAUGUUCUGCUUUCUAAAUAAAGUUAAUAUUGACCUGUUUCGUACACCUGACCAAUACCGGCAUCUGUUAGAUGUCAUAACAUAUAAUAUAAAUACAGCAUAUAUUCAUGUGUAACGAUACCAGUCCUGCACAGAAAAGACAUAAAACAUCAAGUUCCUCAUACGACCACCAGGGGUCCAGAAGCGAGUCGAUCACUGAUCUCGAAUGUAAAUGUAAAAAAUCCUAACUGUUAUUUUAAAUAUGGUUGUGUGUGCCUUUAACUGACCUACCUGUAACGUAGAUGAGCCAAUAGCGAUUGAGUCUCGGUUCCACAGGGACCAGAAAUCGGACGUCUGCAGUUUCAACGGGACAGAACUGGAAGAUCUUGAAGGUUCAACUCUUUCAUCAAAGCAACGAUGCUGCAACUCUGCUAGUGUCAUCUAAACUUGUUUCAUUACAAUUAUUAUGGAAAACCAUGUGUAUAUAUUAUGUGAUUUAAUAAAGUUCAUUUUG